AUGCCCAACGUCACUGCACUACUAUGGGAUCUGCAACCGGGCCUCUUCCGAAAGCGAGCCGUGGAAGUAGUUGGAUAUGCGGUUCGAAUUGCAUCUGCUGGCAAUCCUACUGACCUGAACUUAUACGCGAUACAAUUUUGCGUAAUAAUUCUCGCCCCUGUUCUCAUGGCUGGUGUCAUAUAUGUUGUCUUUGGUCGUAUCGUUUUUCAUGUUGUCCCCACCCAAGAAAGGACGACGAGACUCCUCUGGAUUCCGACUCGGUGGAUCACGCCUAUUUUCGUCACCUUCGACGUGAUCUCUCUCCUUGUUCAGCUUGUUGGCGCCGUUUCCGUCUCGAGUACUGAGCUAACAGACGAGGACGCCGAGGACAAAAUAAAUACAGGAAAGAAUAUCGCACUCGUGGGCCUCGCCAUCCAAAUCGCAGCGUUUGGACUUUUCACGGUAAUUGCUGCUCGCUUUCAUUUUACUUCGCAACGAUUCGAGGCGAAUCUUUUGUCGAGGCUUGAGGCAACUGACGGGGGAAAGUCGGUCUUGAUCAAAGGGUUGUCACGAAAGAUAAACCGAAACUGGAGAUACCUCCUAUAUGCAGUCAACGUAUCUUGCAUUUUGAUUCUAAUCCGGUCUUUAUUCCGCGUAGUCGAAUUUGCCGAAGGCUCAAACAGCUCCAUAUCCCAGCAUGAAUAUUUCAUGUACAUCUUGGACACAUUGCCCGUGUUCUUAGUCGUAUGUAGCUUCUGCUUCAUCUUCCCUGGAUCGUAUCUUCCGUUCAUGGGAUUUAGAAUCCCUAAACCACCAGUCGACAUUGGGGAAGCGUCGAGCUAUGAGGGCUCGGCUAUCGAGUUACGAGGAAUAUAG